GUUUUGUUCAUUUGUUGUUUUUAGGUUUUUUCAAAACCAUCAGAGAUAUGCUAAGUGGUGAACAUACAUCAGGUUCUCAGAGAUCCUAUCGCACCUAAAUGUUGUGCAUCCUGGUGCUACUUCUUUCAUGCCACCUCAUGUCUGCAGGAUUGCACGGAUAUUUGGACUCAAAGCUGGGAAAUUGAGAGGAUAAAUCAGCAGAAUGAGUCUUCUGCGUGGAUGGAACUGGGUACUUGCGAAGCAUCUCUCUCCGUGGCCAUGCACGAAACUCCAAAUCCCGAUGCAGAGGCAGAGCGUCUCAACCUUUCAAUCCCUAGCUGGCCACAGCUGUCGCCCAAGGAACAGAAGGCCUACACAAGAUCUCCAGCCAUACAUAUCACCACGGAUGACUCCGACAAAAUCCUUUUCACGUGCUUGCCAGGCUACGCGGAGGGGCCAUUGCUGGAUGGAAAUAUCUCGACUCUUUGUGCGAGCCAUGCUGCCGUGCGGUCCAGUGACUUGUUUGAGGCCACCAGUUUGUUCAAGAACAGCUUUCAGACCCUGGUGACGGAGAAAAACUGCCCGGUACUGAUACUCAGCUGAAGAUUCUCCGGCGGCAGGCUUUGCAGCAUUCAUUUCAUGUCAUCUUGAUGCUGAGGAUGGACCCUUCUGCUCCGAUGGACCCCAUCGCCCGGAACACGGCCAAAGGAGGCAUGACGAUGCAGCAGCUGAGCCACAUCCUUCGCUUGGCCUACUACGCCACGCCCUUCGGCGAUCCACACCAAGAACCCUUCAACUACACUGGCUACGACGCGGCGUUUGCUGACAUGGUGGGUUUUGCCAGCCUGAUGCAAGGUGGAACAUGGUGGAACCAUGUGGAACUGUGGAACAUGCAUUGUUCUGGCUUGCAGUGGACGUCAAGUCCUGGAUAAGUAAGUUCAUGUGAUUCUUAAUAGGAACCAAUCCAACGGACUGUGCUGUCCACGAGGUGGGGCACCCUGGGGCAUCAAGUGCCCUUCAGGGGCUGUCGUGGCUUCGGAUCAAACCACCAUGCCCUACUGCCUCCAGGUGGAUGCCUUAUCGGAAAAGACCUUCUAUGCCUUUUCUGGUUCGAUGAGUUGCCCAGAUGGAAGCGCCGUGAGUGGUUGGUACAAUCUACCUGGGAUCGAAGUGAAAGCGGGAGCAUUGGGAGGGCCCAGGAAUGCCACGGGACUGCGGCUUUAUUGCCGGUCGACUCCUCUUUUGUCAUCCUGUGAGCAGCCAACCACCUCCUAUUGCCAGGGGGGAGGGGUCGUGGUCAGCGUGAGCUUCGACUCCAACCAGUUCAAGAUCGGCUGUUGCCAGUUGCAGAGGCGUUUGGGCAUGGCCUUAAC